GAUAAGUUAAAUUAGUAAUAAUCAAGUAUUUUAAACAAACAAACGCGAUUAAUAAAAAGCACGCACAUUAAUUUAAAAGAUAUAAUUAAAUUUAGUUUAACUAUUUAAUAUUACAAAAACAAAUCUUUAGAGAUUUCAAUUUUAAACAAAUUGUUAUCAGUUUAUUGCCAAGUGUGCCAGCUAAAAGUACUAAUCGGUCAAAUAAUCAACCACCAGCAAUUUUUAUAUUAUUUGUAUAUUCAAAUUAAAUCAGUGUUAGUUAGACAUUGCUACUAAAAGGUUAAUUUAAUUAAUAACGGGAAUAUAAUAACGAUUAUUUCUUUAAAAUGAGACCAACUAAUGGCAGACUUUGGUCCACAAUUUGUGAGGAUCAAAUUGAAAUCCGUUCAUUGACCGAGGACAAAUUGGAAGCAGCUUUGGAUGUUUUAGAAGGUUCCUUCUUUUUAUACGAAUCCAUAGCUGUGGCCACAAAAAUCAAUUUACCUGAAAACGUACAAGCUAAAAAGGAUCUAAGAGAAUUAUCGCGCAUAACAGCCGAAGAUGGUGUGUCAUUAAUAGCAGUGGAAAAGUCUACAGGAAAGCCAGUAGCAGUAGCUUUCAAUAAAAUACAGUUCAUUCCCGACAACGGCGAAGAUGUGUUCUUUGUUAAAUUCCGCAAAGAUGCCAAAUCUCCUAAUGCCCAAUCGCUAAUGGACUUUAUGGCUUCGGUCGAUGAGCAGUAUGAUAUCUUUGAAAAAUUCAAUUUGGAUUGUACUUGUGAGCUGAUGUUUCUGGCCACAUUGCCGCAAUGGGAACGUAAGGGCAUAGCUAAGGCUUUAGCAAAACACACCAUCGAGUUGACAAAGGAAUUGAAAAAUGGUAUAGGUUUGGAGGAAAUACAUCCAUCUUUGAGGAAACGUAUACCAAAAGCUGUUACUGCCAUCUUUACCUCAAUGUUUUCUCAAAUUGGCAAAGCCGAGGGUUUUACAGUUGUUAAUACAGUGCCCUAUACACAGUUCUCAUUUGAGGGAAAAACCUAUGAUCAACGUAUAGAUCCGAGGCAUAAGGGUUGUGAGCAUGUGGUGUAUUUGGUUUAGAGUAUUUUUUGAUGCGGAGGAGAAUUUAUUUUGAUUAAUUAACAAACAAUUAGUUUUAAAAGUGAAAAUAUUAGUAGAAAUAAAUAAACAGUCCUUAAAGUA